AUGGCUUCAAUUCAUCCCAAAACUGGUGUGCACAACGCCACAUCUGCUUCUAGUAGUGUUGGUCAGGAUAACACUGGUUCCAAUCAAGACCUGCUAGGCUUGACCAGCAAGCUGAUUGAUAUUCGCAACCUUCUCAAAACUAUUGACCGUGCUUCAGCUGCUCUUAAUCUACCCAGUAUUGUUGUGGUUGGAUCACAAAGUUCAGGAAAAAGCUCUGUUCUUGAAGCUGUUGUAGGUCACGAAUUCUUGCCAAAGGGUGCGAAUAUGGUGACGCGUCGCCCUAUUGAGCUCACACUGAUCCAUACACCAGACUCCAAGGAAGAGUAUAGCGAGUUUCCACAGUUAGGACUAGGAAAAAUAAAAGAUUUCUCUCAAGUUCGUCGCACUCUCACUGAUCUCAACCUGGCUGUCAGUGACGCUGAAUGUGUUUCCGAAAUACCCAUCGAACUUCGUGUCUAUUCCCCAAAUAUUCCUGACCUGACUCUCGUUGAUUUGCCAGGCUAUAUCCAGAUCCAUACAAAAGAUCAACCACCUAUCCUCAAGGAAAAGAUUGCGGCUUUAUGUCAGAAAUAUAUCCAGGAACCCAAUAUCAUCCUUGCUGUAUGUGCAGCCGAUGUGGAUCUUGCAAAUUCAGAAGCUUUGAGAGCGAGUCGUAAAAUCGAUCCUUUGGGACUACGUACCAUUGGUGUGAUUACCAAAAUGGAUUUGGUCGAGCCUCAGGCUGCCGUGAAUAUCCUUGAGAACAAAUCAUACCCACUGGCUCUUGGAUACAUAGGUGUGGUCAACAAAACAUCGUCACGAAGCUUUUCACAGGCACUUACUCGCCAAGAAUCCUAUUUUCGCAGUCAUCCCGAGUUCAACAAUGCCAUGGUUGGCACUGCUACAUUGCGACGUCGUUUGGUCGAAGUUCUUGAGGAGCACAUGGGGCGGUCCCUUCACUCGAUUGUUGAUGCCUGCCAAUCUGAACUAGACAAUGCUCGUUACGAGUUUAAAGUGCAGUAUAAUGACCGUAGUAUUACUGCCGAGUCGUAUGUUGCAGAAAGUAUGGAUAUUCUCAAGCAAAACUUUAGGCGAUUUACCCAAGAAUUUGGCAAGCCUCAAGUUCGAGAACACAUUCGUGAUAUGCUAGAAAGCAAGAUGCUCAAGAUUUGUUCAGAUAUCUAUUGGAGCGAUGAAUUUUUAUCACAACUUCCACGCGAAGCUCUUGAAUCUCCGUACUGGCAAAACAAACUUGACAUCAGCUCUGCAUUAUUAACAAAGAGUGGUGUUGGAAAGUCUACUGUUCAGCUUGUUGUGAAUUUGCUGACUUCCAAGAUGGAAGACAUUACCUCUAGCCCACCAUGGAGUUUCCAUGAUGAAGCACGUGAACAGAUUUUACAGUUUAGCGCCGAGAUUUUGCGAUCCAAGUUUCAUACUACUGUGGAUCAGGUAGAGAAUACAAUCAAGCCGUACAAAUUUGAAGUGGACUGCACGGAUUUGGAGUGGCAUGAUGGCCAAAAACGUGCUGCUACUUUGCUGGAAUCACAAAUUAUUCAUCAGCAAGCCGAGCUUCAAGAAAUUAAAUCAACGAUUGGCCGUCGUCGUCUUCGAAACACUAUUAAGCAAGUCAAUAAGUUGGAGCGAGAUGCAGCUGUUCAGGCAGCAUCCUCUGAUUCUGGUGCAGCGCCUGCACAACCCUCUACGUCCUCAUUUUCGUUUUCAAACCUCAUGUCUUCAUCGUCUUCAUUAUUACCUAAUUCAGAUGAUUUGCCAGACAAUCCACUGGCCAACUCUAAACUACUUGAAAAAGCUCGACAAGCACUGCAAAUUCAAUCAGGAUUAGCCACAAUACAACAGCGUCUUACAGCAGUCAAAUCUCGUCAAUGUUCACUUCCUGAAAACAAAGUGGCAUGUCCCGAAGUUUAUCUGUCGGUUGUAUCAGAAAAGCUUGCUUACACAUCAGUCAUGUUCAUCUAUCUUGAACUCCUCAGCGAGUUUUUUUUCCACAUGCCGAGAGAGAUGGACAACCGAAUGUAUUAUGGACUGUCGCGCGCACAGAUCCGCAAGUUUGCAAGAGAAAAUCCGUCAGUGAUGAAGCAUUUGGACACCAUUGAGCGCAAAGCUACGCUAGAAGUUGUGAUGGAAAAACUAAAGACGUUGACUCGGAAUGGCAAGUAA